AUGAAGCUUCAUUCUUACGUCUCUUCCCCGCAAAAUGGUGCUGACCCGGAUCUGGCUCCCGAGUACGUUAGUCCACCUCUUUUUCAUGCAAUUAUGGUACACAGCCUUCAAAUGGUCAAGAUCCUGGUCAAAUAUAGAGCCACUAUCGACAAGCGUGAGAUACCACUAAAUGCCGGAAGGUCACGCACACCAAUGCACAUAGCUGUCGACUGGAAGAAGACUGAAAUUGUACAGUAUCUUCUUGAACAGGGAGCAGACCCCAAUGCCUGCCACUCGGACGGCAUACCUGCUAUAGGUGCUGCAGCUGACAGUGGUGAUCCCAAGCUGAUACAAUUGCUUGUGGACAAGGGGUCCCACGUGAACGUCACCUAUUUAAACAAAGAAACGGCACCAUUACACGAAGCUGUCCCAUUCCCCGAAACGCUCCGCCUUCUUCUCCAACAUGUUGCCGACAUUACGAAGUUCAAUUCAACGUCACAAACCCCCUGGACGUUGCCAUUUCUCUGA